GGAAAGAGAAGAGGGCUGGCUGACAGCAGCGGCAGCAGAAGCCAACAUCUGUGUGUCUCUGUCCAUAUAAUCGUCUCAGCAGUCUGAACUGACUGCCUGUGUGCUACGAUUUAGCGUAGCCUCGAGAGGUUGUGGACUUUGGAGACUAUACUGGAUUAAAGGGAGUUCCACUUAUUUUCGAUAGAUUGAUUGCUCUCAGUGUUGCUAUGUAGAAGGACAGUUCAGUAUGAUGAAUAGUUCGUCGAUUUUUAUUUUAAAUUGGGUUUUUUUGGAACACAAAAGGAUUCUGUAGUACACAGUGCAAGGCUUUGUGUCUAUCUGCAGGGAGAGGACUUGGCUCAACUACAGCUACGUGACAACACUUGACUCAACCCGUGGAUUUUAUAAUGCUAUGUCCAAGCUGAAGAGAUCAGUGUCUUUUCCGGGAGCUCUUUUAGAUGAGGCUGGAGCUGCAUGCUUUUCUCUCCUGGCCUGUACUGUGACGAUGGGCAUCUCACUACUGGAGAUGUAGGAAGUCCUUUCUUCAGCUCCUCACACUGUCAGCAGGACUAGCUCAGUACUGUUGAGCCUGUUUACUGUCCGGACUGGACUUUAAAAACAAAAUGCUUAACCAUAUAAGUGGAUCUAUUGCUGUUGUGUAAAAAGGGAGCCGUGGUGAGAGACGGUGACAUACCCUAGAAAGGGCCCAAACCCGGCCACCCCCGCGCCAUGGCCCCUCGCAAGCGUCCAGGGCGGGGCAUCUCGGAUAUCUUCUGCUGUUUUAAAGGGAGCGAUCACCCGGAGAUCACCUACCGCCUUCGCCAUGACAGUAACUUCACCCUGCAGACCAUGGCGCCCACCCAGCCCAUGCCACCCCAGGAGGAGCUGGAUGCCAUGUUCUCUGAGCUGGUGGAUGAGCUGGACCUUUCAGAAAAACACAGGGAAGUUAUGUUUGCCCUACCAGCUGAGAAGAAAUGGCAGAUGUACCUCAGCAAAAAGAAUGAUGGAGAAGAGAAUAAGGGUGCUACUAGUUGGCCGGAGUUCUACAUCGACCAGUUGAACUCCAUGGCUGCUAGGAAGACCCUUAUCGCGCUGGAAAUGGAGGACGAGGAAGAGCGAAACAAGACCAUAGAGGGCUUGAAGACGGCUCUGAGGACACAGCCCAUGAGAUUUGUGACUCGGUUCAUCGACCUGGACGGCCUGACGUGCAUCCUGAACUUCCUGAAAAGCAUGGACUAUGAGACCACCGAGUCCCAGAUCCACACGUCCCUGAUCGGCUGCAUCAAGGCCCUGAUGAACAACUCCCAGGGCCGUUCGCACGUGCUCUCUCACACCGAGAGCAUCAACAUCAUCGCCCAGAGCCUGGCCACUGAGAACGUCAAGACCAAAGUGGCCGUUCUGGAGAUCAUGGGCGCCGUUUGUCUGGUGCCAGGAGGCCACAAGAAGAUCCUGCAGGCCAUGUUGCACUACCAGAAGUUUGCCUGCGAGAGGACUCGCUUCCAGAGUCUGUUGAAUGACCUAGACAGGAGUACGGGCCGCUAUAGGGACGAGGUCAGCCUGAAGACGGCCAUCAUGUCCUUUAUCAACGCAGUGCUCAGUCAGGGUGCAGGGGAGUCAAGCUUUGAGUUCAGAAUCCACCUGCGGUACGAGUUCCUCAUGUUGGGAAUCCAGCCUGUUAUAGAUAAACUGAGGUCCCACGAAAACGCAACGUUAGACAGGCAUUUGGACUUCUUUGAGAUGCUGAGAAACGAGGACGAGCUGGCUUUGGCGAAACGCUUCGACUCUGUACAUAUUGACACAAAAAGUGCCACCCAAGUGUUUGAGCUUAUAAAGAAGAAGAUGAACCACACUGACGCGCACCCGCACUUUCUUUCCGUCUUACAGCACUGCCUCCUUAUGCCUUACAAGCGCAGUGGGAACACGGUGCAGUACUGGCUCCUGCUGGACCGUAUCGUCCAACAGCUCGUCUUGCAGAAUGACAAAGGUCAUGACCCCGACGUCACCCCUCUGGAGAACUUCAAUGUGAAGAAUGUGGUGCGAAUGCUGGUCAACGAGAAUGAAGUCAAACAGUGGAAGGAACAGGCUGAGAAAAUGAGAAAAGAGCACUACGAGCUGCAGCAGAAGUUCGACAAGAAGGAACGCGAGUGCGAUGCCAAGACCCAAGAGAAGGAGGACAUGAUGCAGACACUGAAUAAAAUGAAGGAAAAGCUGGAGAAAGAGUCCAGCGAGCACAAGCAGGCCAAGCAGCAAGUGACCGACCUCUCAGCCCGUCUGCAUGAGCUCAGCACCAAGCCUAAUGUAAGUGUUCCCGGCGGCCCUCCGUUCUUACCCGGCGCCCCCGGCGGUCCCAUACCACCCCCACCCAUGCAGGCCGGUAUGCCCCCACCCCCUCCAGCCCCUGGCAGCAUGCCUCCGCCACCACCGCCUCCACCCGGUGGACCCCCGCCUCCCCCGGGCAUGGCUCCCUUCGGCCCGCCGCCUCCCCCCGGAGCUCCUAUGGGACUUGGGCUGAAGAAGAAGAACAUCCCUCAGCCCUCCAACCCACUCAAGUCUUUCAACUGGGCCAAACUGGCUGAGAAUAAACUGGAGGGCACUGUGUGGACGGACGUUGACGACAUCAAGGUUUUCAAAGUCCUGGACCUGGAAGACAUCGAGAAGACCUUCUCUGCAUACCAGAGACAGCAGGACUUCUUAACAAUGAACAAUAACAAGAAAGAGUCUGAGGAUGACACACUGACUUCCAAGAAGGUCAAGGAGUUGUCCGUCAUCGACGGUCGCAGAGCCCAGAACUGUAACAUCCUCCUCUCUCGGCUGAAGCUGUCCAAUGAGGAGAUCAAGAGGGCCAUCUUGACUAUGGAUGAACAGGAAGAUCUACCCAAAGACAUGCUAGAGCAGCUUCUGAAGUUCGUCCCGGAGAAGGCUGACGUGGAUCUCCUGGAGGAGCACAAGCAUGAGCUGGACCGCAUGGCCAAAGCUGACCGCUUCCUUUACGAGAUGAGCAGAAUUAACCACUACCAACAGAGGCUGCAGUCUCUUUACUUUAAAAAAAAGUUUGCAGAAAGAAUCUCAGAAGUCAAACCUAAAGUUGAAGCUCUGACCAGGGCCUCUAAAGAGGUGCUUCAGAGCCGCUGCCUCAAGCAGCUUUUGGAGGUGGUCCUGGCCUUCGGUAACUACAUGAAUAAGGGACAGCGGGGGAAUGCCUACGGUUUCAAAGUGUCUUCACUCAACAAGAUCGCUGACACCAAGUCCAGCAUUGACAAGAACAUUACUCUGCUUCAUUACCUGAUCACUAUACUGGAGCAGAAGUAUCCCAAAGUGGCCAUGUUCCAAGAAGAGCUUCAGAGUGUUCCAGAGGCAGCCAAAGUCAACAUGACAGAGCUGGAGAAAGACAUCAACAACCUGCGUUCCGGUUUGAAGAGUGUGGAGACGGAGCUGGCGUUCCAGAGGGGACUUCCUCAGGUUUCGGGGGAUAAGUUUGUGUCUGUGGUGAGCCAGUUCAUCACUGUGGCCAGCUUCAGCUUCUCAGACGUGGAUGAUUCUCUGACGGAGUCCAAGGAGCUGUUUCUGAAAGCAGUGCAGCAUUUCGGUGAGGACGCAACCCGUAUGCAGCCAGACGAGUUCUUUGGAAUAUUCGACCAGUUCCUACAGGCGUUCGCUGAUGCCAAACAGGAGAAUGAGAACAUGCACAAACGCAAGGAAGAGGAGGAACGACGGGCCCGUAUAGAAGCACAAAUGAAGGAGCAGAGGGAGAAGGAGCGCAAGGCCAGGAAGGCGAAGGAGAACUGUGAGGAGGAUGGUGAAUUUGACGAUCUGGUUUCAGCCUUGCGCUCUGGGGAGGUGUUUGACAAGGACCUGUCCAAGAUGAAACGCAACCGCAAACGGGUCAACUCAUCAACUGACACUAGCAGGGAGCGACCCGUCACCAAACUGAACUUCUGAAUCAAAACAACUGACAACUAACUUGGGCUAGGCUAUAUCUGCCCUCUGGUGGCCUGGCAUGGGCCUAGCACCCACUUAUUUCGGAGUGGACAGAAUUCACUGCUGAAAACUUACCUGACCAGAAAAGGUGAUGGAAAGACAUCUACUUAAUCUUCUGCUACUCAAGCAACAAUAACCCACACCUUGUGUCUGUCUGGAAACAGACAUAAGGUAUUACCUCCUCUAAAUACCAUGAACCAUGGAUCAGGGGAAUGUCUCUAAGCUAUGUGUUAAUUGCCAAAACCUACAUUUAAAAUGCUGUGGUCUAAAUGAUAGUUUUGCUCAUGUUGGGGAAGUGGACUUUUGGCAUAGGACACCUUUUGACGUUUCCUGCCUGCAAAGAUGAACGGGAAGUUGAAUGGAAAGCAAGCAAGUGCGUGCGUGCACAGACAGACACACCGGCUGUGACACAUUUCCUCCUUUAUUAAGGGGAGAAAGUGGAAAAUCUUUCCUUCUAUUGUGUUCAGUCAGUCAGACACCCUAGAGAGGUGUAGAAGAGGAUGUCCACCCUAUGCAGACUAAUACUGUCUCCUGAAGCACAACCUAGCAUGUAUGAGUGAUUGUGAGGUUCUUUUGUAAGUGAAAACACAUUUUGAUACAGUUUUAUUACAAUCCUGCAAAGACCUAAUUUCCAUAUUCAAAACCAAAUCUCAGAUGCAAUAUUACCAUUUUAUUAGAGCCUAACUUUAGAAAAUAAUGCAUUCAAAAUGCAACAAAAGAUAGGUCAAAAAAUAUGUUACUGUAUAUACAGUAUUGUAGAAUAUUAGGACCUAGUUUAAGGUCUGCUGAUUUUAAUAGACAUAAAACAUCACUUUCUAUUUAAUUUGAAGAGUUGCCAAAAAGGAUUGCUCUUCCUCUGGUCAUCCUAACACACUGUGGAUAUCAGACUGGAAACUAUGCAGCCCAACAUGUUGAGUUUUGUCUUGGUGGUUUUUGUUCAAUACUAUUAUGUAUGUGUAUAUUAUGUACAUAUGCCAAUUCCAGUAUCACCGCCUCACUACGUGUCCUACAGGAGCCUUUCUGUUAUUUGGUCUGCCUCAAUUAGGAAAGACCUUCUAAAAUAUUUACUCCCAUUUCCACAGUCACCCUCCUUCACUGUGUAACAGCAUUUUUAAUGUGUAUGUGGGUUUUUUCAAAACAGCUUUUUUUUAAUUAUUAUUUAAACAAUCUCUUAUUUUGGAACAGACUAAAGUAAUAAACCUGGAUGUCAAUUCAUCUCUUUAAUGUUUGUCUCCCACUCAAAACUGCAACUGUUGAUUCCACACAGGCCAUUUACUUUUUUUAAUUACUCUGCAAAAAAAGAAAGGUGUGUAUUCAUCUCAAGAGCUAUUGUGAGGAGCUUCCUCUGAUGGCCGGUGGGCACGACUCGCCAUUCUAUAAAUUCAAUUUCUGAAAUACUGUUGUUUCUGUCAAAGUGUUAAAGGAUUUCUGAAAACAAAUGUUAGAAGCUGAAAUUGAACACAUCUGACCGUUAUCUGAUUAGGUUACAACAGUCCCAGAAGCAACUAAUUAGAAAGUAUUGUCCAAUGUGCUCAUCUGGCCUUUGCAACACAGUCCUUGAGGGGAUUGAGCUGCUUCAUGCUUUGGACACUGUUAUAUUCAGAAAGCCUGAAUAAUGACCUUGCCACCAAUAAAAACACUGCCAAUAUUAUGGAAACAGUA